AUUUGAAUUUUAUUUUAUACAGUAAAAUAAAGAAUCAUUAUUGAAUUAAUAAAAAUCAAUAAUUAUUAUUAUCAUUGAUUUAUAAGAAUAAAUAAAAGUAAUUGAAUUACCUGUAACCUACUUACUAUCACUGAUGUUAAAAUGAGUGUGAAAGGAUUUUUUAAAAGUGUAUUAAAUCCUGAUGCGAAAGUUGGGGAACAAGAAGAAACUGGGACCACCGGGGCCACAUCAACAACAACUUCAUUGUCUAGUUCAGCUACAGCUGGAGUAAAUAAUUUUCUAUCUGGUACAUCCAAAUUUCUUGAUUCUGUUCAAACAAAAAAGAAUGGUUUAAUUAAUGAUUUAUCGAAUAAACUAACGUCAUUGAAAAUGCCCGGCGAACAGUCGACCAAUGAGAGUGCGAAGAAAAAGAAAUCUAGGAGUAAUGAUGAUGAUGAUGACAGUUCAGCCAGUGAAUAUGGAGAUGAUGGUGAUUGUCCAAUGUAUGCAGAAGUAGCUCCAGUAGAACGUCAAGUAUCAGUUGAAAGUAUAGACAGUUUGCCAGAUGAAGAUGCUGAACGACGUAAAUCGGAAAUUCGUGCCUUAGUUUCGGAUUUACUUCAACAAAGCUUGAUCAAUGAGAAAAUGGUGAAGAAUUUCAGAGAUUUCAUUGUGAGGCAUAGUGGUCGUUCAAGAUUUGCCAAAGAACUAAAAUCUCAAACAAAGGGUAUGAAAUGUAUACCUAAUCAACUUCUGGAACAAUUGGCUUUAUUCAUUGGUCCAUUAUUAAAUCAAUGUAGCGAAAAUGAAGAUUAUACUCCAGCUUAUAUCAUUAUGCAUUUAAGUUUCUCAUUAUACCAUGAAACUGUCUCUUCAAAUGGUACCGCUGAGCAAAAAUAUCUUUAUGUAUUAUUGAAAGAUCAAGUGAUUUGGCAGUCAAUGAGGUUCUGGAAUGCUGCCUUUUUCAUCGCUUUACAACGUGAACGGGCUGAACGUCAAAGAUAUCCAGUCAUUGAAGGCGAUGAUCCAAUCCAAGCGGAAACUGACUUUCAAAACGACAUUGCAUAUUCACAGUUAAGCAAAUUUCUAUGGCGUAUGUAUACUUUAGGAAUGGGACAAGAAUUAUGUAUGGACUUUCUACGUAAACAAGCCAGUGCAACCAAUUUACCGAAUGAUCUAGUCAAAAUAAUUCAGAAAAAUUCUCAACACUUCUUUGAAACCACUAGUCCUAAUGAAGUACCACAAUGAAUAAUAAUAAUAUCAAUUAAAUAAUCCAAGAUUUGAUCAUUGUUACAUAAAUAUUGAUUAAUAAUAUUUCUUUCAUUAUUUCAUUUAUCUGAAACAGGCAACAAUUUAUAAAUUGCUUAUUAUUACGUAAUCACAUUAAUCCCCUUUUUCUCUAUGAUUACAAUCAUGGUAAAUCUAUGUUUUGUUGUUUGUUUGUUUAUCUAUCUGUCCGUCUAUCUAAUUGUUUGUCAUGUCAUCAGUAUUAUUGAUUGUUUAUUGUCAACUGUUUAAUUUGUUUGUUUUUCAAUGAUUUGUUCAAGUUACAUUUGACUUUUCAAAGUUCUUUUUAAGUUUAUGUUUGACUAUUGUGUAGGUACAUAAGUAGUAUUUAAUAAUUUGUCUGAUUUUAAUCUUGCAUUUUGCUUAUAUCUUGCUUUAUACUCACAUUCAUUUGUCAUUGUUAAUAGAAAAAGAAAAAAAAUCAUGAUGGUUACUUACUACUGAAAAGAAUGUUUUUAUCCAUUUGAACAAUAAGCUAUAAGGUUUUUUAAUACUUUUAAACAAUAUAAUAUAAUGGAAUGGAUUAUCUGGAGGUUGGUUCAAUUCUCAAGAUGAUAUUCAUUAUAGAUUGUUUAUAGUUGAGGUGUGAUUUUAAAUUAAGGGAUGUUGACUGACCUCUUAACAAAGCACGCAUAGAACACUGUCUAAGAUUGAAUCUGAAAACUUCAGUCGUUAUUUAAUGUAGA